CUGCCGUGCUGAGAAGCUCCCUGCGCUCCUGCGUGCCACGGUAAAGGGAGGUGUCUCUACUCCAAUCCUUAUCCAAGGCUUAGGCAGGUUAGUCGUCAACUAACCCUCGUGUUUUCUGGACACUAAUCUAUGUGCUGCUGUUUGGCAGUUGCCUUUUUGUGUAGCCGACGUGUGAUUCCUUUGACGGUCAGCCGGUCCAACGCCCGUCGGAUCGAAAGAAACCGCGCGGAUCGGACGGCUGUGGCCGAUCGUGACGGUUCGAUGCGCGUGUUUUAUCGACUGCUCGUGCUCGGCGACUGCCCACUUGUUCUCCGAGAACUUCCCGAGUCCUCGCCUACCGGCUACCGAGAGGCGGAAGGAAGCACACGCGCGAGCAAGCAGCCUUUGAAUGGCACGCGACGGCGGCGGCUCGCCGGGCGCGGAGCGGCGGCGAGUGGCGCUGCGUGCCUUCCUCGCCGGUGGUGGGGAGGCGUCCUCGUCCGCGGUGCCUGCGGCGGAGGUGGAGGCCGUGAGAACGUCGGGCAAGGGGCUGCUGCGCGGGCUCCGGUGCACGUCGGCCGCGGCGUCGCAGGCUAUCGUGCCGGCCGCUGCGGCGGACUGGCGCGGCCUCGGGUGCACGGCGGCGGCGGCGCAGGCACACGCGCCAGCCGCCGCGGCGGUGGCGGCGUCGGAGGCCCACGAGCCGGCCGCCGCGCGGCGGUCGGAGGAGUGGCGCGGGAGGCGGCGGAGGAACGGGAGGGAGAGGCGGAAGGCGAGGGGCGCGGGAGGCGGCGGCGGCGGCGGCGUCAGUGGUGGUGGUGGGGUGGGCGGGGACGUCUGGUGCACUCCCGGGAUACCGUUCGCCGCCGAGGCCUCAUCGGUGAACUGCGUGGUGGCGCCGCACCAGACGGCGGGUGCACGCCGCCGCGCCGAGGCCGAGAGGCCGCGCAGAGAGAGGCCUGGCGCGCCUCCGGCUCGGAGGGUCACCAUGCGGGAGCACAUGUCGUCGUCUCCGAUGAAUUCACCGCCACACCAUGGCAUGCCGUUCAUUGAUGCCGACCGUGCACCUUCUGUCCGAAACCGACAUAUGAGUGGGCGCCGGCACUCGCACGCACGGCUUGAGGAAGAGAUGAUGAUGUUCCGAACAAGGAUAUUAUUGGGAAGAAUGGGUAUGUAUGAUCAGUAUCAGGAUUGGCGCCUCGAUGUUGAUAACAUGACAUAUGAGGAACUACUUGAUCUUGAGGACCAAAUUGGAUAUGUAAGUACAGGGCUGCGUGAGGAUGAGAUCACUCGAAGUCUUAGGAUGGUCAAAUACUCCGCGUUCAAUCCCAAGCAUUUUUCUGCAGAAAUGGAUAGGAGAUGUAGCAUUUGUCAAGAAGAGUUUGAAGCAAAUGAGGAAACUGGGAAGCUGAGUUGUGGCCACAGCUAUCAUGUGCAUUGCAUUAAGCAGUGGCUUUCUCGGAAGAAUGCUUGCCCGGUUUGCAAGACCACUGUCUCAAAGAUCUGAAGUCCUACUCUAGAGUCUAAACCACACUUUUAUUGAGUAUAAUUGAAUUAAAAAUGUGAAGGGUUAGUUCUUUUGUUGUUGUACAGCCCUCUACAUAUAGGUUCGUACAAGCACACAUCCAAGAGUUUUUUUUUUCAUAUAGAAAGUACAAUGUCUUUUUCCCGAUGGGCUAUUGAGUAUCUAUCUAGUGAUAAUGGUUCAACGCAUGAUAGCCGGAUUGCAUUAGUUCUUCAGUA